AUGCGGGGACUGGGGGUGCUGCUCCUCGCCCUGCUGUGCGGGGGGGUCAGUGCCCUGCCUGCCCCACAAGGGGCCCGGGGCGGGAACGAGGAGCUGCGGCUCUACGAGAAACUCUUCGCCGACUACGACAAGAACACGCGGCCGGUGAGGCACCCCGACGACACGGUGGAGGUGCAGAUAAUGCUGACGCUGACCAACCUCAUCUCGCUGAAUGAAAAGGAGGAGACUCUGACCACCAAUGUCUGGAUAAAGAUUGAAUGGGUGGACUAUCGGCUGAAUUAUAGCAACAGUGAAUUCAAAGGGAUCCGCUCCCUGCGGGUCCCCUCCGACAUGGUCUGGCUGCCGGACAUCGUCCUGGAGAACAACAUCGACGGGCAGUUUGAGAUCGCCUACUACGCAAACGUGCUGGUGUACCCCGGGGGGGCCAUGUACUGGCUGCCCCCCGCCAUCUACCGCAGCACCUGUGCCAUUGAAGUCACCUACUUCCCCUUCGACUGGCAGAACUGCUCCCUCGUCUUCCAGUCCCAGACGUACAGCGCUAACGAGGUUGAACUGCAGCUCUCAAUCAAUGAGAAGACAGCCCGCCCCUUUGACGAGAUCGAUAUAGACCCUGCCGCCUUCACAGAGAAUGGGGAGUGGGCCAUCCGGCACCGGCCGGCCUGGAAGGUACUGCACCCAGAGCUGGGCCGGGAGGCGCUCGGCUUCCAGGAGAUCCGCUUCUCACUCAUCAUCCAGCGCAAGCCCCUCUUCUACAUCAUCAACAUCAUCGUCCCCUGCGUGCUCAUCUCCUCCCUCGUCGUCCUGGUCUACUUCCUGCCCGCCCAAGCCGGCGGCCAGAAAUGCACCCUCUCCAUCUCAGUGCUGCUGGCUCAGACUGUCUUCCUCUUCCUCAUCGCCCAAAAAGUCCCAGAGACCUCGCUCAGCGUCCCCCUCAUUGGCAAGUACCUGAUGUUCGUCAUGGGAGUGGCGACGCUGAUCGUGAUGAACUGUGUCAUUGUGCUGAACGUUUCCCUGCGAACGCCAAACACCCACUGCAUGUCUGAGCAACUCAAACAUGUGUUCCUAGAGGUGCUGCCACGGUACCUGGGCUCGGCCCUGGAACCCAUGGGGGACCCCUGGGCCGCGCCCCCGGCCCGGCGGCGCAGCUCCUUCGCCAUCAUGCUCAAAGCGGAGGAGUACAUCCUCAAGAAGCCGCGCAGCGAGAUCCUCUUUGAGCGGCAGGGCCAGCGGCAUGGCCUCACCAGGCCCCCCGCCUGUGAUGGGGUGGAUGUGGGUGUCACCAGCACCUUGUACAAGAACCUGGCCAACGCGGCCCCCGAGAUCCGGGCGUGCGUGGAGGCCUGCACCUUCAUCACAGAGACCACAAGGGAGCAGAAUGCCAGCAGUGCCGCGAUGGAGAACUGGGUGCUGAUCGGGAAGGUGAUUGACAAGCUCUGCUUCUGUGCCGCCAUCCUGCUCUUCACCAUCGGCACCCUCAGCAUUUUCCUCAUGGGACAUUUCAACCAGGUGCCCGACGACCCCUUCCCCCUGCAGCCGGACCCAUAGCUGGGACCCCGCCCUGCCCUCCCCCUGGCUGACAGGGGUAUCAACACACAAUGAGGUAGCCAGGCGGACAAGUGUGUUCUCUGGAUGGGAGCCCUCCUCACCCCACUCCCUGCAGCACGGCACCGGGGCCAGCCCUGAUCCCGCAGCCUAGGAGCCUUGGCCCAGGGCCAGCCACAGCCUGGGGAAGUCACUAGACUUUUACCCACAAUCCCCUAGUCCCAAGCAGCUGCAGGCCCCCCUACAGGGCUGGGCUCAGCAAUGCUGCUGGUAUUGGGGAGGGACGCCCCACCCCCAGACAUGGACGUAUCUCAGCACCGGGCGAGGGAUCCCUGUAUCAACCCCACCCCAGACACAGCCGCAUCACGUGAGGGAUCCACGUGAACAGCCCCCACACCCCACCCCCGAGGCAGCUGCAUCUCAGCCCCCAUGACUCUCCCCUCCAGACCAGCAAGGAGAUUCUGGGGACUUACAGCUCUUUGGAAGAAGCUCUAGUCCAGACAUGUGGGGUCUGGACCUUGUCACAGCACCUGCUGGGCUAGUGUAGAUGGGCCCUGUGGCUCCCAACUCCAGACCAGGCUGCCCCACACCUGGUCCACCUCACCUUCCCAGCCUUGCUGAUUGUGGCUGGUGCCCUGGGUGGGGGAGAUGAAUGUGAUCACACACCAGCUCGAAGUUAGCGGCUCCGGGCCAGGGGUUAACCUGCGUGCCGCCUAGGGUCACCAGCAGUCUACGGUUUGGUGCCAACCACCUGGUGUCCGUCCCCACCACCUCCCUCCAGCACCUCUCUGAGCCUGGGGUUGCUGCCCUCACCCGCGUGGCCCUGGCUCACAACGGUUCACAGAGCUGAUUCCCGGGGGCAGCUGCGGACCCUGCCUGAGCGGGCCUGCGAGUGGCUGACCAGGCUGCGGGACAACGCCCUGGAGGAGCCGCUGCGGCUGUCGGGGAACCGGUUCCACACCCUGCCCAGCGGCUUCUUCCCACGACUGCGGGCUGGCCUAUCCCUGACAACCGCUUCAGAGUCUCCACCCAAGAGCAGGGGCUGGAUGGGCUGCCCACUGAGAACGAGCCCCUGAGGUAGUCACACUCGGUUCAUUUAUUCCC